CGAUCCCCCGUGUAAGAGUGAGGUGGAGGAGGACAUUUCAGGAGAUGUCACCACAGAAAAUCCCAGUAAAAUUUCAGAUGGAGAUGAAGAUAUUAUGCAGCACUAUUCGGUAAAAAACCUUGUUACCUUUAAUGUACUUCCAGGACUUCACAAAGAUCUAUCAUAUAAUCCUAAUCAUAAGGAACUUUGUACUGACCAAACACAAGUUGUUACCGCAAGUGCAGGUCAGAAAGGAGUUGAAAGGUUUCACUGUAGUAAAGAGUUAACUAAGAGAUCAAGUCUUUCUACACUCAAAAGAAUUCACACUGGAAAGAAGCCGCACUCCUGUUCAGAAUGCAGAAAAUGUUUUACAUAUAAAUCACAUCUUGUUAUACAUGAAAGAAGACACACAGGAGAGAAGCCAUAUUCAUGUUCAGAAUGUGGAAAAUGCUUUACAGAGAAAUCAAGUCUUGUUAUACAUGAGAGAAGUCAUACAGGAGAAAAACCAUUUUCAUGUACAGAAUGUGGCAAAUGUUUUAGACAAAAAUCUGAUCUUGUUACACAUGAGAGACGUCACACAGGAGAGAAGCCAUAUUCGUGUUCAGAAUGUGGGAAAUGUUUUACACGGAAAUCAAUUCUUGUUGCACAUGAGAUAAGUCACACAGGGGAGAAACCGUAUUCGUGUUCACACUGUGGGAAAUGUUUUACAAGGAAAUCGAUUCUUGCUGCACAUGAGCGAAUUCACACAGGAGAGAAGUUGUAUUCAUGUUCAGAAUGUGGAAAAUGUUUUACUCAAAAAUCAAAUCUUGUUGCACAUGAGAGAAUUCACACCGGAGAGAAGCUGUAUUCAUGUUCAGAAUGUGGGAAAUGUUUUAUACAGAAAUCAAAUCUUGUUACCCAUGAGAGAAUUCACACAAGAGAGAAACCAUUUGCUUUAAGAAUUUAUAAUGUUUUUCACAAAUCAUUACUGAAAAGAUAUGUCGAACCUGCAGAACCGUCCUCCUUACCUCCUGCUCCUGUCUUGGUGGACGAUAAUCUUGAAUUUCAGAUUGGCAGGAUAGUGAACUCACGAAUUCUCAGUCGAUCUCUUCAGUAUCUCGUGCACUGGAAAGGAUGGCUGGAAGCCUUCCCAGUAGCAAAGGCAAAUAACACAGCAAAGAAGCUGAAGGACCUGUACAAGGAGGCCAUGAUGGAGGAGCACCAGCCUCUUAUAUCACAAGAAAACCUCUGUAAGAAUUCUAUAGGAAACUUCAUGUUAUCACUAAAUUAUAAAGCAGGUGAUGAAGACAUCAUGCAGCGCUUUUCAGGAGAUAACCUUAAUGUAGAUUCAGGACUUCACAGCACAAAUCUGUCAUAUAGCCCCCCUAAUCAUGAGGAACUUUCUCCUGACCAGUCACAUAUUGUUACCAUAAAUAUAGGACAAAGAGGAGGUAAAAGAUUUCUACGUGCUAAAGAGUUCACAAAAAGACUUUCUGCAAACAGAAGAACUCGCACAGGAGAGACGCCAUACUCCUGUUCAGAAUGUGGGAAGUGCUUCACAAAGAAAACACAUCUUAUUACACAUGAGAAAAUUCACCCAGAAGAGAAGCCAUGUUCAGAAUGUGGGAAAUGUUUUACAGAUAAAUCAAGUCUUGUUGUUCAUAAGAGACGUCACAUAGGAGAGAAGCUAAAUUCAUGUUCAAAAUGUGAGAAAUGUUUUACACGGAAAUCAGGUCUUGUUAGACAUGAGAAAAGUCACUCAGGAGAGAAGCCAUAUUCAUGUUCAGAAUGUGGGAAAUUUCUUACAGACAAAUCAAGUCUUGUUAAACAUAAAAGAAUUCAUACAGGGGAGAAGCCGUAUUUGUGUUCAGAAUGUGGAAAAUCUUUUGCAGAUAAAUCAAGUCUUCGUAGACACGAGAGACGCCACAGAGGAGAGAAGCCAUAUUCAUGUUCAGAAUGUGGGAAAUGUUUUAAAAAUAAAUCAAGUAUUGCUAGACAUGAGAAACAUCACACAGGAGAAAUGCCAUUUUCAUGCUCAGUAUGUGGGAAAUGUUUUACAGAGAAAUCAACUCUUGUUACCCAUGAGAGAAGACACACACAGAAGCCUUAUUCGUGUUCGGAAUGUGGAAAAUGUUUUACAGAUAAAUCAAGUCUUGUUUCCCAUGAGAGAAGUCACUCAGAGAAGCCAUAUUCUUGUUCAGAAUGUGGGAAAUGGUUUACAGAUAAAUCCCAUUUUGUGAGACAUGAGAGAAGUCACACUGGAGAGAAACCAUAUUCAUGUUCAGAAUGUCGGAAAUGUUUUUCAGAUAAAUCAAGUCUUGUUAUACAUGAGAGACUUCACACUGGAGAGAAACCGUAUUCAUGUUCAGAAUGUGGGAAAUGUUUUACAGAAAAAUCACAUCUUGUUAAACAUCAGAGAAGUCACACAGGAGAGAAGCCGUAUUCAUGUUCAGAAUGUGGGAAAUGUUUUGCACAGAAAUCAAAUUUUGUGAUUCAUAAGAGAAGUCACACAGGAGAGAAGCCGUAUUCAUGUUCGGAAUGUGGGAAAUGUUUUACAUAUAAAUCUAAUUUUGUUACACAUCAGAGAAGUCACACAGGAGAGAAACCAUAUUCAUGUUCAGAAUGUGGGAAAUGUUUUGCAGAUCAAUCAAAUCUUGUAUUCCAUGAGAAAACACACACAGGGGAGAAACCAUAUUCAUGUUCAGAAUGUGAGAAGUGUUUUAUACGGAAAUCACAUCUUAUUAGACAUGAGAGAAGUCACACAGGAGAGAAGCCAUAUUCAUGUUUAGAAUGUGGGAAAUGUUUUACAGAUAAAUCAAGUCUUGUUAGACAUGAGAGAAAUCAUACAGAAGAGAAGCUGUAUUCAUGUUCAGAAUGUGGCAAAUGUUUUAGAUGGAAAUCAGAUCGUAAUAGACAUGAGAGACUUCACGUAAGAGAGAAGCCAUUUUGAUGUUUUAUGUGUGGAAAAUGUUUUGUAAUGCAAUCAAAUUCUAAAACUCAUCAAAACAGAAUAAACUAUUACUGCUA